AUGAAAAACUCCUAUGACACGUACAACUACUCAAGUAGUAUCUUUGACAGUCCCGGGAAGUCAUCCAUGCUGAGCACAAGUUCGCAAAAUUUAAGUGGCACUUAUGGACAUAGCAAUUUGAGUCCACAAAAUGAAAUGAUAACAAGCAUCCUAGAGCAGUGUGUGCAGGAGUGGUUCCCCUUUUUAAGAGAGCAUGAAAAUGAGGGGACAAAAGCAGAGGGCAACAAAGGAACCAACAUAAAUGAAGAAAUAAAGAGGCUAAAAAAUUUCUACAAGGGGGUCAGCUCCCCCAACUUCCCACUAAAGAAACUGGGAAAAAUGGACAGGAGCAUUUCUAGCUUGAAUGAUGAAAAUGACGAUGAGGACAUUUUCUACAAUAGUAAUAGUUUGUAUAUGAAUUUACUCAGCGGAGGAGAGGAGGCAGAAGCCUCAUGUAAAGAAGCAGAAGCCAGGCAUGAGGAGGGCAACUCUGGGGGUGAAGAAGAUAAUGUUCUAUUAAGCAGAAAGUACAGCAGAGCAAAAACAAAAACACAGUCAGAGUGCCAAGAAGCCCACACAGGAAGAAAUGCCCUAGAGGAGAAUCUCUUCUAUGAUUGUAUAGCGGAAAAAAAGGAUGCACACAAUAAAGAUGGUAGCAGGAACGUGGAGAAGUGCCAUAGAGAUAAUCAGCAGGGGGGAGAAGAAGAAGAAGCUCCCCCCGUCUGGUCACUGCAAAAGAUAAGGAACCAAAACGAAGAUGAAAAGAAAAACUUUUAUCUACAAAAAUGUAGGGAUCAAAUGAGCGAAAAAAAAGAGCACAAGUUGAAGCAACCCCUCUCGUUAUUGCAAAGGGGGGAGGACGGAAAGAGAGAAGAGGACAACGAUAGCGAUGACCACCACCAAGAGACACAGGAGAAAGAGGAGAAAUACAAAUUGCAUGACAGGGUCAACGAACCCAGGGGGGUUAAAAAAAAUCGUAGUGAUUAUGACGGUCUUGAUAUAUGCUCGGAUAACUUUUCGCAAAGCAUAAAAUGUGAGGAUGAGGAAGAAGAGGAACAGUAUCUCCACCGUAAGAGCGACACGAGAGACCCCACUGUGCAGUGUCUAAGUAGCAAAGAGGCAGAUAUAACCUCCCAAGGUUAUCUAUCAAAUAGAAGCAAGGAAAAAAUGUCAAACGUAUCAUCAAAAUUGGCUAAUUCAGUAAAGGGAGAUAACUGCACGAAGAGGGAGUCUGUUACCCGAGAGGACUACCCCAAUAAGAGCAUAAACUACAUCAUUCAGGAGAUAAAAAAGGAGGAAUCCAAGGAGAAAAACUUCACCAUGGAUUCAUAUGGAACUGUGUACCUGUCCAUAUGCACCAAGGUUUUGGAAAAAGACGUAGAUUAUUUCUUAUCCCCCAGAAUAUUACCCAAUGAGGAUCUAUUAAAUGAAAAAAAAAAAAUCAAAGAAAUUUUAAAACUUUACGAUAAGUUAUUCUAUAGCCAUUUUAAAUUUAUCCCAAACAAGAUUUACAAGGAAACUUUGAGACCCAUUUAUUCGUAUUACCAGAACUUGAAGUGCACCCUCGGUGGGGGGGCAAUGUCGUUCGGUUCCUUCGAUGGGAAAUCCAGAAAAAGCUGUUCUCUAAGCAAGGACUACGAAAUUGAAAGAAGCACCAAUUACAACUCGCAUGAUGAGAUUAAAAGCUUCGACAGUAGGCCCACGGACAGUUCUGAGUACAAAAACUUGGGAAGCUCCUCCAGCGCCGAGUACAAAACCAUGGGAAGGUCGUCCAACGGGGAGUACACAAAUUUGGGGAGCUUCUCGAAUUUAAUAAACGACCAAAACAUUAAGAAGCUUCUGCUCGACGUGGAUGACAGUAAAGACAUAAGUCACUUGGAAAAAAAGUACAAAUAUAUUUACAAAGAUUUGGUGAAGCUAAAAAGUUUGCUGCUAAAAAAAAGGCAUUAUAAAAACAUACUCUUCGAAUAUCAGAAAAAAUUCGUUCAAAAUAACAACAGAUGUGUCAAAACGUACAGAGAUAUAUAUCCCGUGGAGAAGGAAUAUAAGAUUUACACCCAAAUUAAGAAGGAAACUGGAGAUGUCAUUAACAGCAUUAAUACCAAUUAUAAGAAGCAUUACUUGAAUGGAUGA